AUGAGCUUCGGUGAGUGCAGCAAACAAGGCAAACCCCAUCUCUGCUUCCACAGAGUUUAUAACCGAGCAGAUGAGGCCAACAUGGAGCAAUACAAUACUAACAAUGUGGCCAAAGUAAGAUGUCUGGGAAACAGCUCUCUGGCCAGAGAACACAUGGUUAAUCAACUUUUGGUAGGCUCAAGUGACAGGCAAGUGUUGAGAAACCAGAUGAGGAGGGGAAGCAAUGAAUGCUCACUGGAGGUUUUAGUUGAGGGUCAGAGACCUGGCGCCACCGGCGGGGACCUGGAAGAGGGAACUGCUGGUGUCCUCACCAGCGCUCACUGGACAGUAAGCUUCAGGAAGCCGGAUCCAGGAUGCCCGGCGCUCCUCCCGGGCCUCCCUCCCCGGGCCUCCCUUCCCAGGCCUCCUGGGCGCUUGGAUCCUGGCCAUGUCUGCACCCUUCAAAUGGGUGUGGGUGAUUUCAUAAGUGGACGCGACCGCCACCGAGGGGAAAGCGUGCAAGGAAGUGGCGGGAGGCGGGGCGGGGAGGAGAGGGAGCAGUGGGAGGGAUGCCGGGCAAGAGUGGGAGGGAUACAGGCCGCUGUGGGAGGGUCCCGGUUCUUGUCCUUCACCAUCGACGCCAACCUGGCCACGGACCCGCGGUUCCUCACCUUCCUGGGUUCUCCAAAGCUUCGUACUUUGGCCAGAGGUUUGUCUCCUGCAUACCUGAGAUUUGGUGGCACCAAGACGGACUUUCUCAUUUUUGAUCCCAAGAAGGAACCAACCUUUGAAGAGAAAAGUUACUGGCAAUCUCAAGGCAACCAGGAUAUUUGCAAAUCUGGAUCCAUCCCUUCUGAUGUGGAGAAGAGACUACAGCUAGAAUGGCCCUUCCAGGAGCAACUGCUAUUCAGAGAACAGUAUCAGAAGAAGUUCAAGAACAGUACCUAUUCAAGAAGCUCAGUGGAUAUGCUGUAUAGUUUUGCCAAUUGCUCAGGCCUGGACUUGAUCUUUGGUCUAAAUGCAUUACUGCGAACUGCAGAUUUGCACUGGAACAGUUCCAAUGCUCAGGUGCUCCUGGACUACUGCUCUUCCAAGGGUUAUAACAUUUCUUGGGAACUAGGCAAUGAACCUAACAGUUUCCGGAAGAAGGCUGGUAUUUUCAUCGAUGGAUUGCAAUUAGGAGAAGAUUUUAUUGAGUUGCAUAAACUUCUAGGAAAAUCUGCUUUCAAAAAUGCAAAACUCUAUGGUCCUGAUGUUGGCCAGCCUCGAGGAAAGACUGUGAAGAUGCUGAAGAGUUUUCUGAAGGCUGGGGGAGAAGUGAUUGAUUCAGUUACAUGGCAUCACUACUACUUGAAUGGGAGGAUUGCUACCAAAGAAGAUUUUCUAAACCCUGAUGUAUUGGACACUUUUAUUUUAUCCGUGCAAAAAAUUUUCCAGGUCGUUGAGGAGACCAGACCCCACAAGAAGGUCUGGUUAGGAGAGACCAGCUCCGCGUACGGGGGUGGAGCGCCCUUGCUGUCUAACACCUUCGCAGCUGGUUUCAUGUGGCUGGAUAAACUGGGCCUGUCGGCCAGAAUGGGCAUAGAGGUGGUGAUGAGGCAAGUGUUCUUCGGGGCCGGAAACUACCACUUAGUGGAUGAAAACUUUGAACCUUUGCCUGAUUACUGGCUCUCUCUUCUGUUCAAGAAACUGGUGGGCACCAAUGUGUUAAUGGCAAGUGUAAAAGGUCCAGACAGAAGCAAACUUCGAGUAUACCUUCACUGCACAAACAUCAACCACCCAAGGUAUAAAGAAGGUGAUUUAACUCUGUAUGCCUUAAACCUCCAUAAUGUCACCAAGCGCUUGCAGUUACCGUAUCACUUAUUUGACAAGCAAGUGGACAAAUACCUCAUAAAACCUUCGGGACCUGAUGGGUUACUUUCCAAAUCGGUCCAGCUCAAUGGUCAAACUCUGAAGAUGGUGGAUAACCAAACCCUGCCAGCUUUGACCGAAAAACCUCUCCGCCCAGGAAGCUCACUGGGCCUGCCAGCUUUCUCAUACGGGUUUUUUGUAAUAAGAAAUGCCAAAGUUGCUGCUUGCAUCUGAAGAUGAAAGACAUAAAGUGGCCCCGGGAUUUAUUUUUGUCAAGUGUAUUGAUAAGAGAAAAGCAAAACUCAAGCUAUAGGAAGGCGAGCAGAUGCAUUACAGAUCAACUCAUGGGAGCAUUACAGAGCCACUGGGACACUCUCAGGCUAGAUUUAGCACAGUAUUUUGCUCUAAGUAGACCACUGAUUUAAUAAUAACACCCAGUGCCAAAUACUAUGCUUGUACUUUGCAUGUAUUAUUUUUAUUUAAGGUUAUUAAAAACGUAUACAAAUGUUCCCAAUACAGCCAGGAGGCAAGUAAAUGAAGGAUAUAUUAUUUUAAGAAAGUGCUUAGAUGUUUUUAUUUUUCAAAAAACCCAGUUAUUAGAAGAUUGCCAGAUUCUUUCCUCCCUAUGCUGUCUCUAUGGGCUGCUGUCAGUCAAAGUUUACUACCACAACCUUCAAAUCAUCUAUAAAAGAGAGACAGUCUCUUUGCAGCUUAACAGAGAGCUAAAUUCAGCCACUGCUUCUCUUCUCUCUGUUCUGGUCGUCUUUGUCAGAGGACAGAUGCUUAGAUGUAAAAGUAUUUUUUAAAAAAUGAUUAAUGACAAUUCAGAGGGAAGGGAUUAUGUAAACUUCAAAUAAAAUUUUUUCAAAUGUCUGUAAGUGAAAUUGAUUUACCAAGAGGAGAAAACUUAGCUCAAUACAGUAUAACCAUCCCGGUUAAUGUUUACCUUUAAUCUACCUUAACGUUCUUGUUUUAGUUGGCUGCAAGUAACAGAAAACCUUGAUUCCAGUGGCUUAAACCUCAAGAACAUGUAUGAACCCACAUAACGAGAAGUUCAAGCACAGUGAGCUCCACAGCUCUGUUUGUCAUCACGGAAUCAGGCUCCUUCCAUCUCUCUGCUCUGUCACCUUUAGUGUUGGUUUGAUUCUCAAGCUGCUGGCAUGAUGGCUGUAGCUAUUCCAUGGGCCUGUACAGCAGCAGCCAGAGCAAGAAGAUGAGCAAUUUUUUCUUUCUCCUUCAUAGACUUGAAGGACCCUUUCUCAGGGGUUCUCUUAGCAAACCUCUCCUCAUGUCUCCUCGCGUCUUAUUGGUCAGGAAUGUGUUGUGUGGCCACUCCCCCCAGCCACUGCCAACAUCAGUGAGAUCCCUACCACUGUCUCCUCUGGAAUCUUUUGGAAUGAAGAGGCUGUUGGGAAGUCCAUGACACUGACCACUACAGUUCUGUGCUUUUUAUCAGUGACAGAAUGUGUUAUUUUUUCUCCUGUGUCUUAAUUCUUAGAAAUAUAAUUCUUUUUAUAUAUAUUUAUGCCUGCUGUGAAUAUUGUCACAAUUAAAUUUAAGUACAUUUAUAAGAGCUAAAGCUUGAACUCAAAGUUUGGAUGCUUUAAUAUCCUUAAGUUUUAUACGUAUGUGGUUUUUAUAUUUUCACAUUUGAAAUAAAGUAAUUUUUAUAACCUCAAUAUUGCAUGAUUAUUCUUUUAA